AUGGGAUCUGGUAGCAGUACAACAACGAGAUGUAAUAAAGACGAUGCGAAUAUCCCCAAAGGAUCGCGUCAACUUAACGUGAUUGACACCAUACUUAUAAAACCCUCCGGCGGCGUUGGCGUUGUCGUCGUGCCUCCCCGCAUACCUUCCACACUGCCCCCACCACCGGAGUACUUGGAGGCGAUGCGUCCGGACGCCGUUGGGGGCGACAACCCGGCGGGGUCUGAGCGGCGCUACGCGUGGUUUGUGGAGGAUCUCGACUGCCCGGGCGAGUGGGAGGCGUACGGCGAUGAGGCGUCCGAGCGGCUGGACACCGCACUGCGUACGGGCCAGCAGACGUGCAUGAUUGUAUUGAAAAAACGUGCCUACACAGUGGAUUUACGUACAAUGGAACAGACGGGAUCGGGAUCUACGGUGCGGCCGCGGCGAGUGAAACGUGUGGAGGUGGAGACCUCUGCGAAUGAGUUGCGUGAGAAACGGUAUAUUGCUGUAGAUCCAUUUAUUGAAGAGGCACUUGAUGAUGUGGGGUAUGAUAUGGAUGCAUUGGAAGGAAUAGAGAAUGGGGAUGGGGUUAUGUCUAACACCCUUAAUAACAAUAAUAAUAGUAAUAGUAAUAAUGAAACUAGUGUUGGUGGUGGUGAGAGUCAUGAUAACAAAACAGUCAACUCUGCCGUGUUUCCACGCCUUGUGCGGUCAGUAAAGGCACAUUCGCAAACGGCAUUUACAAUGAGAUUUUCUACAGAUGGAAAGACAUUGCUUACGGGUACGAGACAGCAACUGAUACACUGGGAUGUGGCAACAGCAAAAACAGUAACAGAGUUUUCUGUACAUAAUGGUGUUGUACUCGCAGCUGUGUACUCUCCUAAUGGAAAUCACGUCUUGUAUGGUGGUGAUGACCACGUCAUUCGAAUGUUUGACGUCAAUGAACCAAAGGUAAAAGAAGAAUUUCUUGGACACACGCAUAAAGUAUAUGGAGUAGGGUAUCUUGCUGGGGAAGAACGUUUUGCCUCUAUAGCUAUGGAUAAAAAUCUACGAUGCUGGGAUGUUGAAGCUGAUAAAUGUGUACGUAUUAUUACCUGUCAUACAGGACCUAUCUUUGCAUUAGAGACAUCUAAACAAAAAGAGUGGCUUGCCAUAACUGGAGGAGAUGAUAAUAUUCUUUGUAUGCAUGAUUUACGACUUGGUACGGGUAUGGAUGGUGCUGGUAGUACAGUUGCCUCCCGCUUUCUUGGUCACCGUAAAACUAUUUGGACAUGUGCUCUCCGCAGUGAUGAACAGCAAUUUGCCUCUUCUGGAAUAGAUGGAAGUGUGUUGGUGUGGGAUAUAAGACGCCCAGAAUCACCGUUACUCCGUGCUUGUCAACAUGCACGUCCGGUACAUUUUGUGGAAUACAUGCCGUAUAGUAGAGGCCUUCUCUCCUGCAGUAGAGAUUCUACAGUGCGGCUUACAGAUACUUAUACGGCUGAGCCCGUCUGGCGUACAAAGGCACAUGGAGGUACAGUCUUUCGUGUAUGUUAUCAUCAAGGAACAGAGAUGUUAGCCACAAGUGGGUCAGACGCCGUUGUGAAUCUCUGGGAAUAUGGAAAUAAAGAUAAGUGGUGA